AUGGAUGCCGCUAGUGUCAUUGGCACCACAUCCGCGGCUAUUACCUUUAUUGAAACGAUUGCCAAGAUAGUUUCAAUUACUCGAGAACUGCACGAAAAUGCGAGCGGUGAGCUCGACGAGCACAAACGGCUGAGAGAAGUUGUUUCUGCAUUGGAGGGCCGUAUCGCCAAUCUGAUAGAAGGGCACAAAAGCCAGGCUCAACUUUCUCCUGAAGAGGAAAGCAUGUUGCAAGUUGCCGAGCAGUGCCGAGAUGUCAGCAAACGCAUUUUUCAUUUGUUGGACAGAUAUCAGACUGGGCCGAGAUCUCAAAUUGGCCGCGAGUCACCAUUAUCGGCGAAAAGAAUCGCGGGUCGCUUAUCUACCAAGACUAUCAAGGUCACGCUACGCAUGCUAUGGGACAAACCCGAAGCAGAGGGUUUGAGACAGGCUUUUGACCUGUGCAGCAGGCAGCUCAGCAUUCAUCUGAUCUUGGUAUCGAGAUCCGAUACCCUCAAAAGAAUCGACGUCGCAUUCGCCAAAUACUGUGAAAAAAGCUCGACCGACAUCGCAAACAUCCGCAAUACUCUGCAGACUACGUUUGUAGAUAUUUCCAAGAAGUCCGAUUACCUUAUCAAACAGAUAGGAUCUCUGGAACUCAAACUUGAUCAAGCGGUUGACAACCAACUCAGAGCGAUUGAGCAUAUCAUUGAGCUUCAAAAACGCUUCGAAGCAUCGCAGCCAGCCAAAGAAGAGAGUAUAUAUAAUCAGAUUUUGGAGGCUAUCGCCUUUCGGGACAUUCGAACGAGGCGUCAUGAAAUCGGAAAGGUCGAGCUAGCAGAAAAGUCUUUUGAAUGGAUGGUCAAGGAUGAAAUGGUACCUCCUUCACACCAGCAUCUCAAGCAAUCCUUUAGAAGCUGGCUUGAAAAGGGAGAGGGCAUCUUUCAUAUCACUGGAAAACCAGGAAGUGGCAAAUCGACAAUGAUGAAUUUUCUCGCCAAUCAUCCAGAGACUAGAUCACUACUGGAUAAGUGGGCAGCCAAUGGAAGCAGCAUCGUUAUUGCUUCAGUGUUUCUAUGGGACCUCGGAUCAGCGGAGCAGAAGAACAUGGAUGGUAUGUACAGGACUCUGCUGCAUACCAUCCUGAGCGAACACAGAGAGCUCAUUCCCCAGGUCAUUGAGGAGCUUCGGGAUGCAUCAAGUGAGGAGCCCUUGGUGUCACAGCAGCAUCUUGAAAUUAGCCGAAAGAAGAUAAAGACCGCUCUACAAAAGCUAAUUACAGACUCGACUCGAAGCUAUCAGUAUUGCCUUUUUAUUGAUGGUUUGGAUGAGUUCCAAGACGAGUUCCAAGACGAAAACAUCCCCAACCACCGUUUGGCGACCCAGCUAGACCAAUGGGCAAGCCAUCAAGGGACCAAAAUCUGCGUUUCCAGUCGCGAGUACCCACCGUAG